AUGUCACGUUUGAUUUCCUUCGCCGCUCCCGACAUGCGUCCCAGGACUCCGGCUUGGACUCUCGGCGCCUUCGCCUUCGCCGCUGCUCUGGUGAGUCGGGCGAUGAAACGGGUCGGAGAGCGGGUCGGCAUCGGAGUGGAUGAGAAUGCAAUUGAUGUCGACCUUGGUGUUUCCUCUAUUCUCCUCCUCCAUCCUCCCCUCCUUCUCCAUCCUCCCCUUGUCUCCAUCCUCCCCUUCUCUCCAUCCUCCCCUUCUCUUCAUCCUCCCCUUCUCUCCAUCCUCCCCUUCUCUCCAUCCUCCCCUCGGGCCCUGGGACUGCUGACAUUGUCAGACUCCCUUGCACGACGCACCUUUGCGUAUUCGAUGGCCGGAUCCGUUGCCGAUGUCUAUGAAGAGUGCGGGAAGACGAUGGGGUGCUUCGGGACCAAGGGUCGGGUGUGCGAUACGAAGUGCCUGUCGAGCCGGGACUGCGACGGCCUCGUCGCGUUCCGGGGCGCCGGGGACAGGACGCACGUCAACUUCACUCUCGUGGGCAGGGUCGUCGAGGACAUGAGGUACGUGGCGCUCGGGAUCUCCACAGACGGCAGAAUGGGACACGAUGGGGUGGUGGAGUGCGUUCGUGAGGGUCAAACGGUCAGCACAUAUGGGUCCUUCAACUUCGAUAAAAAUAUGGGUAACCAGAGAAUGCACGAGGAUAAGCAAAAUGUGAUCACGAGAGAAUACGGCGUCUUCGAAGACGGAGUGAUCAAGUGCGCCUUUAUGCUUCCUGCUAAGUUUUCCAUCGAAGCCAUGAAUUUCCAGCUUGACAGUCACAUCUAUCACGUCCUGGUUGCCGUCGGCAAAGCUACAAAAGAUAACGUGCAGUUCCACGACACAGCGUUUGCAGGGUCAAGGAGGCUAGCGGAUCUGUUUGAAGUCAGCAUCCCGAAGUGUCCCAAAAAUAAAACUCUGCUGUACGUGCAUGGAAUUUGUAUGGUUUUGGCCUGGAUCUUCUUUGCUUCGAGUGGCAUCAUCACUGCCAGAUAUUUCAAGAAGACCUGGGUCGGUUACCAGCUCUGCAAGAAAGAUAUUUGGUUCAGGAUUCACCAGGGAUACAUGGCGACGGUAUGGGCCUUGACCAUCAUUGGGGUCCUCUGCAUCUUCGCCUAUGAGAAGUGGAAAUUCGAAUAUGAUCCCCAUACUUACAUCGGAAUCGUGGCGGCGGCGUUGUGUUUCAUCCAGCCUUUCAUGGCUCUCUUGAGGCCUGGCCCCGGGGCCCCCAAGAGGGCCGUCUUCAACUGGGUCCAUCGGGGAGUCGGCGUCUUGGCCCAUAUCCUCGCAGUGGCGAACAUAUUUUUGGCUUUCGGAAUGGAUUCGAUCGCUUUCCCGGUUCAAAGCUACACCAUCGUGGGGGUCUUUCUCGCUCUAUACGUACUUACCCAUAUCAUCCUCCAGACGCAUACUCUCCUUUACGAGUUAUCGAGCGUCAUGUAUCGAUUUCAUCGUCAGGUCCAGGUAUCUGUAGUGUCGGACAACAAAGGAGAAUCAACGCAAUCACCGACGACUACUGCCGAUAGUGGCAUGAAGACAGACGCAACUGGAUCGGUGCUUCGGCAGGCGACCUGGAUCCUUUUUCUAAUGGCAUCUGCGAUCGUCACUUUCCUGCUAUCCACGCUCAUAGUGGAAAGGCUGAUGCUUGAAAAGUCUGAAUGAAACGACAGUCCAGUCAUCUCUGAUAGAGGAUCGAAGCUUCGGCAGAUGACGGGGAACUUAUUUCGUAUUGAACCUGGAAUCAUCGCAGUCCUAACAACCAUGCUAAUUGUGGGAAAGCUGGCGCUAUGUGAUCAAAGAGAAAAUGUAUAAUGAAAUUGACUAAAUGAAGAGGAAGAAUCCCUGACCUUCAUCUUUCCAUGACAGUGGACAGCACCACAUUGAGGAGGGAGGUGGCGUCGAGUGGAUGUUGGGAUGUUCGGAAGCAUGGACUCGUGAUUUGUGGCAUAGGCUUACUAUUGAUUCGUUUCAUUCUGUCCAAAACCCUUUCGCUGGUUCGGAAGAAGGAACUGUAGGUCCAAAAAGGCAUUUUAAAAACCACAAUAGCAACAUUUUUACCUACAAGGAGUCUCAGAAGUUGCUCAAUACUUUCAUUUUGGAGUAAAAAAAUGGAUUUAAAAAAUACAAUGGGAAAGCGGAAACUUUGGAUAUUAGGGCGGGAUAUUCCAUGGAUUCACGUUUUGCCGCAGUAUAUGCUCAAGUAGCACCCAUUCUGAUUCUUGCGAUCCAAAAUUGUGCCACAGAAAUUGUAAAACUGUUCACAAACAUCGGUGAUGAAUAUUGAUGGCGCGUGAUGUGAUAUUGCACUUGUAAAUAAAUGUCAACUCCUCCUCAACAUAACUCUCAUUCAGUAUUUCCUCG